AUGCCUGAAUCGGAUGAAAAACGAACUGCCCCUCUGUCGACUGAGUCGCUUCAGCAAAUCAAAGUUUGGCUUAGCCCCACGGAUUCAGAUACCCCCGCCAGCGAGUAUAAAAAGCACCUCAACUCCCAUGCAGCAGGAACCGGCGAAUGGAUAUUGGAAACGGAGCAAUACCGCCAAUGGAGUGAAUCCAAAGUCGGAAACCUCUGGAUCCGAGGUAUUCCCGGCUGCGGAAAAUCUGUCGUUGCAGCAAGCUUCAUCAGCCGGUUCCGAAGAUUACAAGAUGGUCCUGUAUUAUUUUUCUUCUUCCGCGAGAUCAUCCAGGCGAAUCGAUCGCCUCGGUCGCUGAUGCAGGAUUUUUGUCAUGAGAUGCUCGAGUAUUCGCCUUGGCUCCAAUCGCAGCUCAGUCAAAUCAAGGCACAGCACUCAUCUGUCGGUGCGGUGCCAUAUGAGGAGCUUUGGAAAUGUAUGGCGACCGCCAUGGGGUCUAUUGGCAAGGUUCACUGUGUGGUUGAUGCACUUGAUGAAAUGGAACAAGGGAAUGAUCAGUUCUUCCAAGAUCUCCUUGAUCUAGGUCGCCAAUCUUCCGGUUCAAUCAAGUUAAUUAUUACCAGUCGACAGGUUCCACACGUCGAAAAGCAUUUGAAAGGGACGUCAUUGGUUGAUCUACGUCUCGAUCGUCGCAAUGUGGAUCGGGAUAUUGCUGUUUACAUCACACGGCGCCUGGUAGAUGCUCAUUUAGAAAUUCCCGACGAGAAGAUCAAGGAAGUCAAACAAACAAUCUGCGAUAGAGGGCAAGGGUUGUUCCUCUACUCCAGGCUCAUGUUGGACCAGCUUCUACUGCACCCGGAGUCGAUGUCAAUCAAUAUUAAGAAUCUCCCGGACGGUCUUGGAGAUAUGUACACAGAGCUUCUUCGUGAUCACGCUGUUCGCUCGGGAACCUCGACGAAAUUCCAACAAUUCAUUCUACAAUGGAUCACCCAUUCUGCUCGACCACUACGCCUGCUCGAGCUGGCGGUCAUGGUAGAUUCUCUUCCCAACCGUUGUGGACUCAGUGAAAGCCAGGAUGCAAAACUUGCUAUCCGGACGACAUGCGGCCCUCUUUUGGAAGUCUGUGAAGAUGGGGUCAUUCAAAUCAUUCACCAUUCCCUGACCGAGUUUGUUCUCAAUCGAGAUGUAACCCAUACGCAGAUGUCCAACCACGAGCGCAGCUUCUCGGGAUUCCAUGCUCCUACAGUCCACGCAAUGAUCACCAAAAUAUGUGUCAAUUAUCUCUCCAGCGGCUGUCUAGAUGGGAUUAGCACCGAGACCAAGCGGCCUAGUGAAGACGAUGGGUGGGCCGUCAACAAAGAAUUGGCGCUGCGGUUCUACUUCCUCCGUUACGCUAUUGUGGAGUGGCCCUUCCAUGCAUCCAAAGCAGUCGAAUUCGAUGAUGGGCUGCUACCUUUUCUUGAAAAUUUCUGCACAGAUGGAAAUCAUAGCUACGAAGCUUGGAAGAAAUUGUGGUCAUACAACACACAUGGUGUACCCAAAAAGGAUCACCCUUGCACAUUGCUGCAUUUUGCGGAAUUCCCGCUUUCGCCAGAUACCUCCUCCUUAAAGGGAUAA